AUGUUGCCUUUCAACUAUAUCUUCACCCUUCUCGCUAUGUUGAGUAUGGGCUUCUGUCUACCUACACAAACCCCAGAACCUCAACCUGCACCGACACUCUCCCCCGGCCUCCCAGACACAACAGGUCUUCCCAAUCUUCCAGGCGGUUCAUUUUUCGAAGAGAGACAAGAGAGAAACGACGCCAACCCAUCUGUCUUCAACCCUCCCGUCACAGCCGCCCCCGACCAAGCAGAACAGCUCGCGAGCAUGGGCUGGGCGCAAACAACCUACUACGAAUGCAAGACGAGAGAUGGAAAGGAGCGCUGUGGAUGGCAUAUCCCCGUGUACAAGGCGGGCGCUGAGGGCCGACAAGCUGAGAUUGUGCACUGGAAGGUCGUUGUUGGGAUCGCGUUGGGGUUGGCAAUGUUGAUAUAUGGAGGAUUGUGGUGA